GUAAUUAACUAGACCAUAUGAAAAAAGAAAAACAUUCAGCAAAGCUAAAACUGAGAUGGAAGCACAGAAUAAACAGUAUAAGUACGGACAAUGUUAUGAUGAUCAGGUAACGAACCAGAGAGCAGUACACUUUCACAGACCUAAGAAAAUGCCCAAAAAAAACCAUGAGGAAGAACAACCAACACCUCAAGAGUUUGAUGUACAUUAUCUGUUCGAACGAACCAUGCGAAACGAUUGGGAAGAGGUCCUGCUUGUGUACAAGCAACAUCCAAAAGAUGCUGCUACGGCGAAGCUAAUUAAAUCAGAAGAGACGGCUUUGCACAUUGCUGUCUCGAGUUACCGGGCAGAUCAGCCUACGGCUAAACAACAUGAGGAGCAUGUCGAGAAUCUGGUGAAAACCAUUCGAGAGGCGCAGCUACAAGAUGAAAUACUGAAGCUGAGAAGUAAAAAAGGGAACACGCCCCUUCAUCUAGCCGCGGCGCUUGGGAGCGUGCGCCUGUGCAAAUGCAUUGUCGGGGAGGAUAAAUCUCUCAUCAGCAUCCGCAAUAAGAAGGGCGAAACUCCAUUGUUCAUGGCAGCUCAUCAUGGAAAGAUGGAAGCUUUUAUGUACCUUCAGGAGUUUUACAAUGCCACUCAUGAUACUGAUGAUCAUGAACGUAAGGAAUCUGUUGAGUCACUCUGCAGAAGGAAGGAUGGUGAUACCAUUCUGCACUCUGCCAUAUCAGGAGAAUACUUCGAAUUGGCGCACAAGAUAAUUGAAUACUUCCCGGACUUAGUUAAAUAUCUCAAUCAAGAUGGAUUUUCUCCUCUCCACUUCCUUGCCAGGAAGCCUAAUGUAUUCGAGAGCAGCAGCAACUUUCGACUCUUGGACCGCUUCAUCUAUCACUGUAUGAUAUCAAACUUAAAAAACAUUUUUAUGAGAUUUCAUCUUUUCUUAAGCAUUUUAAAUGGUACCUACUACCCAGAGAAUUAUCAAACGUGUGUUAACUUUUUCGCUCUGCUUUGGGCUACAUUCAAGAAGAAGCUAUUCUUACUGGUUCUUCUUCGGGAAGUCUGUGGCGAAGGACCACGCAGUAGCACAACAGAUGAAGAGAAUCCGGAAAAGAAAGAAGAGGCAAAUCCAGGUCUCUUCUACCUUCAACUGAUUUACACAUUACAGAGAGAUGGGUCCAAAAAUACAUCUUCAUUCCCUCAAAUCUACGCGACGGGCAUUCUACUUUUCAAGUUAUUGGUGAACCUUUUGCUGACUAUGUUUGGAAUAGGCAUUUGGAGGAUAAGUAAGAUCAAGGAAAAGAAAUACAGAUACAAGUGGGCUGCUAAAAUUAUGAAUGAACUGAUUAGUCUGGAAACAGACUACAAGUUUUUUCAUAACGGGGGAACCCCAACCAUAGAAUUGGAACCGAUGUAUGCAGGACGAUUGGAGGCUUUUGAGCCUCCUUUAUUGCCACCACCAGUUCCUCAUUCUCGUUCAGUUGUAGAAGAAAAUAGAAGCGGGAAACACAAGAAUCAGCAAGAUAUGAGUUUUACUGGAAUGAUUGAAAAGAAACAUGAAACGGCGGCCAGAACAAAGGUUGCCAAGAAGGAGACACCACUUCUACUUGCAGCAAAGAUGGGUAUCACCGAAAUGGUAGAAGAGAUUCUAAAGAAAUACCCUGUUGCCAUACAGGACUUGGAUGCAAAUAAAAAGAAUGCCUUACUUUUGGCAGUUGAGAACAGGCAAACAGAAGUAUAUGAUUUGUUGUUGAAGAUGACAUUACCUGAGUCUGUGCUUUAUCAGGUGGAUAAAGACGGAAAUAGUGCAAUCCACCUUGCUGCAAAGUUCCAAAAACACCAACCGUGGCGUAUUCCUGGCGCUGCAUUGCAGAUGCAAUGGGAAAUCAAGUGGUAUAAGCAUGUUAAAAGCACAAUGCCAACCCAGUAUUUCAUUCAAUACAACAAGAAAGAGGAAACUGCUUCAGAAAUUUUCAAGAAGACACACGAAUCGCUGGUAAAAGAUGGAAGCGGAUGGAUCAUUAAAACCUCGGAGUCAUGCUCCUUAGUUGCAGCACUCAUAGCGACUGUGGCGUUCGCAACUUCCACAACUGUGCCCGGUGGUGUUGAUCAAGUCAGUGGCCAUCCUAUUUUUGAAAAUCAGCCAGCAUUUCUAGUGUUUUCAAUAGGUUCAGUAGUAGCUCUGUGUUUUUCUGUCACUGCCUUGGUGUUUUUCCUAGCAAUCCUUACCUCAAGAUGCCAACAAAAGGACUUCAGAUAUGAUUUACCAAGGAAACUCCUUUUUGGAUUAAGUUCCCUCUUUACCUCAAUAGCUGCGAUUCUGAUCUCGUUCUGUGCCGGACAUUUCUUCCUUCUAAAAGAUCAACUUAACAAUGCAGCAUACCCGAUUUAUACCGCAGCAUGCUUGCCAAUAACGUUUUAUGCUUUCGCACAGCUGCCCUUAUAUUUUGAUCUCGUAUGGUCCAUCACCAGAAAGGUGCCCCUUCGUAGCUACAAAGUGUUUUCCAACUAG